AUGGUGUUUUCUCCAGUCAUAGAUGAGGAAUGGCAAAAGACUCAAUGCGUGCCAAGGGAAACCUGCGUGGAAGUUGCCAAGGAGCUGGGUACAACAACCAACAAAUUCUUCAAGCCUCCCUGCGUGAAUGUGUUCAGAUGCGGAGGCUGCUGCAAUGAGGAGAGUCUGAGCUGCAUGAAUACAAGUACAACUUAUGUGUCAAAAACGCUCUUUGAGAUUUCGGUUCCCUUGACAAGUGUUCCUGAGCCCGUGCCAAUCAAAAUUGCCAAUCACACAGGCUGUAAGUGUCUAUCAAAUACCCAGCGUCAUCAGUACGCCAUUAUACGAAGAUCUGUCCAAUACCCAGAAGAAGAUGGAUGCCCCUUUACCAACAAACUUUGCCAUAAUGGAUGGAUCUGGGAUAGUGACAAAUGUGAAUGUGUUGUAGCUGUACAACACCCCAACAGACGAGAAGGACUCCCUCCUCUUGCUGAGCUGGCUAUGUGUGGACAACAUAUGGAAUUUGACGAAGAAAAUUGUGAAUGCAUCUGUAGACAGAAGUGUCCCACAGAUUUCUUUCAAAGUAAAGAGAACUGCAGCUGCUAUUUGUGUAGGGAGAGCCAGGAGAGCUGUGCUCUAAAACACAAGAUAUUUCAUGCUGAAACCUGCAGCUGUGAAGACAAAUGUCCAUCCCAACCCAGAACAUGCCCAACUGCAAAACCAACGUGUUCCAGGCAUUGUCGUUGUCCGAAGGAGAAGAGAGGUUCUCAUGGGUCCCAAAGCAAAGAAACUCCUUGACUGAGCUUCCCCUAUUCUCUGAAAAUCCACUGCUUCGCAGAGUAGCUGUCACUGACUUUCAAACAAUAGUAAACACGAACAUCUUCCACAUUAAUAGCAGAAGAGUGAAUCCAGUCUGCAUUUAUUUAUUAGAGUAAUCACUAACUGCAGGUGAAUCCUCUGGGACAUUGGUAAUUGUUCUCUAAGAGGUAACAACAACGGAUGAACUGCUGGCUGCGUAGAAGAAAGAGUGGAAAGUGCCAGUUCAACACUACGUUACGGAAGAUGAAGCUGGUAUAUUGGUAAUAGAGUGACAGUCAUCAGCCAGUCUUUCAGAAAUUGAGACUAGAUAAUCUUAGCCUCUGAAUCCUUAGCUAAUGCAGCUCCUGGGUGAAACUUUCUUCAGAAAUUCAGUGUACAGGAUUUGGCUUCUAAUAGGUUCAGCACUGAGUUAUUUGAUCUACUGUCCAGCUUUGAUUAUCAUUUUGAGUUUAUUGUACAACUACUGUCAGAUGUGCCAUAUUUAAGUGUAUAUAAGAAAAUAAAUACAUCAG